AUGCUGACAAUUUCUAGGCAGUUUUGCGGCCGAGCUUAUAGCCAAGUUUCGAAAAGAAUGUUUAGCAGCCGCACACCGCAAGCUUUUAAUAGUCCAAAAACCCGAAAUUCGAAGUUUGAUAAGAGCAUGCUCAAACCAGCCCUUGUCGUAGUUCUUUUCGGGUCCAUGCUGACCAGUGUUAUGGAGCAGCAAAAGAAAAACGCGGAGCUUGAGAGACGCUACGCCAUGAAGAUUGGAAUUCUCAAAGAUUUGAUAACCAAAAUCCAAAAUGACGAAAGUGCUUCCAUCGACGUCGACCACGAAUUGGCGCUCGUAAACAAAUUGUUCAAGCGCUUCGAGCGUUCCAAAUACGUAAGUCUUGAGGAAGAAGCUAUCAAGAUACGAGAAUACAAUGCAAAAGCCGAUUCCCUGAGCCAACAAGAAGUUAUGAAGAGGCUCAACGGACAGAAACCCACAGAUGACGACGCAUCACUACGAGACUUGUUUCGGGAUAUAAUGAAAGAUAUGGACGACGAGUCUUCGUUGCAACAAUACCAAAAAAUAAGCAGCCAAGCAGACCAUGAUAAAGCACCACCUAAAAAAGCAGUUCCCGCGCUCCCAAAUGGAACCACUGAGUCGGAGAUUCAAACAAAUGACGAGUUGCUAACGAAAGAAGCUCAAAAUGAGAAGGAGAGGCUCAAAUACAGGCCUUCCACAGAAUAUCACGUCAUUGUCGAAACUCCAGGCGAGUACAGCUCUUCUGCAGAAGACAUGAAAGUAUCCAAGUUUUUGUGA